UCACUGACUGACUGACUGACUGACUGCUGCCUGCUGCCUCACUCACUCACUGCCUGCACGGAGAGAGCCACGCUGCCGACCACAGAGAGGAUUUAUUGAAACUUUAUCGCUCAUUAUUUGCAGUUGUGUGUCUCGUGCUGUUUCUGAUCGAUCAUGAAGGAAAGGAGACUCACGCAGCCGUUCGUCGCGAGGUGUAAACUAGUGCUGGUCGGGGACGUCCAAUGCGGUAAAACAGCGAUGUUACAGGUCCUGGCUAAGGACUGCUAUCCAGAGACGUACGUCCCAACUGUGUUUGAGAACUACACCGCCUGUCUGGAGCUUGAAGACCAGCGUGUUGAGCUCAGCCUCUGGGACACAUCAGGGUCUCCAUACUACGACAACGUCAGACCUCUCUGCUACAGCGACUCAGACGCAGUGCUCUUAUGCUUUGACAUCAGCCGACCAGACACAGUCGACAGUGCACUGAAGAAGUGGAAAGCGGAGAUCCAGGACUUCUGUCCCAGCACACGGAUCUUAUUAAUAGGCUGCAAGACAGACCUGCGCACAGACGUAUGCACGCGCAUGGAGCUGUCCAAUCAGAAACAAACUCCCAUCUCCCAUGAACAGGGUUCGUCCAUGGCCAAGCAGCUCGGAGCAGAGGCUUACCUGGAGUGCUCAGCCUUCACAUCAGAGAAGAGCAUCCACAGUGUUUUCCGUACCGCGGCUCUGGCCUGCAUGAACAAACUCCAGCCUGCCAACAAACCCAGCCCCGUCCGCCGCCUCUCCAAAAGACUCCUACACCUGCCCAGCAAGACAGAGCUCCUCUCUUCCACCUUCAGCAAGGACAAGUCCAAGAGCUGCUCCAUCAUGUGAAUUCUGCUGAGCUCAUGAAAGCACGGACAGGCGGACCUGCAGAUGGUUCAGCAGGGGGUCCAGGGUGUGCAAGGGAAAGAGAGCAAUGAUGUGGAUUUCUGCAAAGCCUCUCUCUCCUUUGCAGCAUCCUCCCCCAAAACUCCCGGUCAACCACUUCAACUGCUACACUCGCUAUAUUCAACUCUGACACUGAACCUUUGAUCAUGACACCAGCACACAGUGCAGAGACGGAGUGGGGGAAAAAAAAUGUUUGAUGUUGAAAAUAUUCCUGAUGAAUUAAAUGCACCUGUACAAAGAGCGCGUAACGGGCACUUUAAGGCUUAAAACCUGUUCCUCACAUGAAGGUUAAAGUGAGAGAUGUAGCUUAAAUAAGGUCAGUGCCUCCUCUUUUCUACAGGGGAAGUGGUUGUAAACACUGCAUUUGACUGCAUUACCCUGAUGAGACCCAUUUGAAAUUCUGAUAGCGGCCCUUUUCCCAUCCAUCUCUUUAUUUGAAUGUCUCUUUAAGGUCACGAUACGGGGCUGAGUGACGAGAUGAAAUGUAAAAUCGGACAGUGACAGGAAGUGGUACCUACAGAAAUGCGGCUCUGGGAAUUUAAAACAGCGAUCUUUGAAGAAAUUAUUCUUCCCACCCCCCACCCCCUACACUGACCCCUCACAGUAUUUCAUUUGGAAAUUAAAGCUGACAGUGGAGGAAAAAAAAGGGGGAGAGAAGGGAGGGGAUUUGGCAAGCAAGAGUGUUCAUUUGCAAAAGGCAGUGGGAGGAUGAACUGAGAGUAACAUCUGAAGGAGCGCAAUGUGACUCAGCACUCACAUGCAUGAGCCAUGAAACGGUCUGGGGCGGACGUGUUGUGACAAAAAACAAACACAAAAGCCUCGGCCAUGUAAAGACUAAGUAUGAUUUUGUCAGAUCCCCCCCCCCCUUUCAUCACCCGUCUCCACAGCAGUCGUAAUUAUUCAACGUUAUUAACAACAAGGCUUGAUUUAGGGAUGUUACAUUAAUGAUACAUCAUCUCACUGUUCCCUGCUACUUUAAGAGCUGCUUAAUGGAUAUUAGUUUUUGAUACAUGUUCCAAAAUCUUUUUUUUCUUAGUCUUUAAAAAAUAGAACAAAGAUUUCUUUUCACACGAACCAGACUGGAUGGAUUUAUUUCAGUGUAGAGGAGUCUUAGAAAUCUUUGUUUUUGAAUCCUGUGCCUCAUCGAUAUUUAAAGAGAAAUAGUCCUCGACUUUGAACUUUGGACUGUAAACGUGUUUAUGCGGGGCCCGGCUCACCAGCGCUUCAACAAGCUCCGGGUGCUGAGUUAAGCUGAAUUUUUCAUUGUUAACAGUUAUCUUAAGAUCAUUUCCAGCCUGGAUCGCUGCAUUAAAGGACCGGUGUGGAGGAUUUAGCGACAUCUAGUGGUGAAGUUGCAGAUUAAAAAACUAACUGAACACCACUCGCGUCAGUAUUUGACGAUCGAGGAGUAGUGGGCUGUGAAGUUUAUCUACAGUCAGUGUUUGGUUUGUCCGUUCUGGGCUACUGAUAAUUCUUAUAUUCAGGUGAUUAUACACUAAUGAAAACAUACCUAUGAAUAUUCAUAUUUCUGCCAAUAGAUCCUCUAAAUGUUUCACACUGGACCUUUAAAUAUUAAAUGUCCCUGAGAUGAUCGGUGAGAAGGUGAAUCAACACAAACAGGCUGGUCCUGUCUGGAGAAAGAUUUUUUUUUUCCUUCUUCCUCUUUUUAUGCUUUAAAAAGAUUAAAAUUUUAUUUUUGCAACUUCCCUGAAAACUAUUCUCUACAUUUUCCAUUUAUUAAAUAGCCUUUUUUUGGUUUCUUUUUCUGGAUGUUUCUACUUGCUUGUGGCUGUUUUUUUAGGUGUUUUUUGGGGGUUUUUUGUUUUGUUGUUGUUGUUGUAGAUGUUGUUCUUGUAUUCACUUGAGUCUUCUGGCAUUGGCGGGCUGUUGACAGCUCAGCUAAUGGAGGACUUGAUGAUUAGUAGGUCUGCACCGAGAAGCCCGGAGAUCUCUCGAUGUACAGAACACUGGAAUUUUUACGCGUUGCCUAGCAACAGUGUGAGCAGGGGGCAGGCCUGAGCGGGGUUCCUGCCUCACGGAGAGAGAGGGAGAGAGGGAGGGAUGGUUCUCCGAGAGGGCGCCUCACCUUUUUUUUUUUUGUUUCAUAUAUUUUUUUUUAAUUUGUAGCAUUAGACAAAAAGCCACGUAUUCACUGCGAAGGUGACGGCUGGACAUUUCAGGGAGCGGCGGACUGCCUCCCUGAUCUCUACGUGGUUUUAAAAGACCCCACGCUGGUGAAAAUCCACGAGUGGGUUGUUGGAAAACAGCACGCCAUCUAAAAACACGUCUUCUGUAGCUCUGCUUCAGUCAUUAUAUCACCUCUCAUUCCUGUCUGGUGCAUUGUGCUAUCCAAAACGAGCUCCAUUUGGGUCAAUACACAGCCGUCAUUUCAGUUUCUCUCUUGCUCUCGCUCGUUUUUUUUUUUUUGACAGACAGAACUUGUUUUGUUGUACAUAUCCUUCCUCAUGAAACUGUUUUAUUUGAAAUCCCCCAAAUGAAUGUUACUGAAGCAAAACAAGAUGUUUGUGUCAAGUUGCCUAUUAUGGCUUAAGUUAUUGACUGAAUUCUGUAUUUGUUAUUGUCAUAUGCUACUUUCUUUAAAUCUUUAUUUAAAUAAAUGUCUGAAGUUCA